CAGCUGGCAUCUUUUCUGUGUCGGUUUGACAAAUGCCAAUCGAUUCAAUCCUUACAUGAGCCCGGCCCAUCGAUGGGGGCGCACUGGGCGCACUCUGUGCCAGGCAGCAGUUCUUUCUUUUUGGUGGCCGACCUCGGCUGAACGCAUCCAUGGAUUUUUUGAUGCGCAGCUGCUACCCUCAGACUGCCAGGGAGGAGUUCUCCAACUGGAUGGGAGGUACACAACAGUGGAUGAGGUGCAAUACCACGAGGACUGUACACUCAGGGGCGCACCUGGAACAGUGGUCGAGGUGGUUGGAGAGAUCCACUUCCUGCAGAACGCCUGGCUCGAUGGAUCCCUUCGCUUCGUGAAAGCCAAGGGAAGCCAAAAAGCAGCGUUGCCGAUGCAGCAUCGCUGCCUGGAUGUCGAGGGCUCUUUGGAAUUCUUGGAUCCUGACGUGGAGUUCAUAAAUUGCGGAAGCGACAGCACUGAUGAUGGAGGUGCCUUCUACGUUGAACAGAAUGUGACGGUGAGCAAUGGCCGUGUAGUGGCUCGAGGCUCAAAGGCCAAGUGGGGAGCGGCAGCUUAUGUUGGUGGUAGUUUCACGAUGACUGGUGGCAGCCUGCUGAUUGAAAACAGCACAGCUGGGGAGAGUGGUGGAGGACUCUACGUGAAGGAUGGAGAUUUCCACCACCUCGGCGGCAAUGUCACGAUGUUCAACAGCAUUGCUGGCAUCUAUGGAGGCGGUGUCUACAUGAACCGGGGAAAGUACCACCUGGCAGGCUACCUUCGCUUCGAGAACUGCUUCGCGACCAGCGCCGGGGGAGGUCUCCAGGCGCGGAAUUUCCAGAGGAAAAACUUUGGCGCCUUCAACCAGACGCCCAGUGGUGUGUUGGAAGCAAAGAACUGCACCGCGGGCUUGCAGUACGGUGAAGGUGGGGUGAUGGCCACUCAAGAUAGCAUCGUCGCUGGGAGGGUGCUGGUGGAUGGCUGUAGAGGCUCCACUGCAGGCUGCUUCGAGGCCAAACGCCUCUUGGACAUCAAAUCCACCGGCUCUGUGGUGCUCCGCAACUGUAGAGCCGAAAACUACGGAGGAGCCUUCAUGGGAACUGCCGCGGCAGUGCGGGGCAAGUUAGAUGUCAUCAACUGCUCUGCGUCCGUGGGUGGUACCAUCUAUGCAGUUCGAAGGCUGUUUUUUGCGGAGGGGUCCCUGGUGCGCAUUGAGAACAGCUCGGCGGCGACACAGGGUGGAGCCAUUUGGGCCGGAGUCAUCAGCCAGGGAGGGGGAGAGAUCAGCUUCCGGAACUGUCGGAGCGCGAUGAAGGGAGGAGCCAUCAAUUCCAACGAGGUCUUUCGCCAAGAGGCAGGUUCAACGAGCUUCACCUCUUGCUCUUCCCGGCUCGGUGGCGCUAUGUUCGUUUUGGCUUUGGAAGCCAAAGGGAACAUGACUUUCCAAGACUGUCUUGGUGCGGGUCCUGGGGGCGCCAUCCAUGCCGUUGGCGCGGUCGAACAGCUGAGCACGGACAGCUACAUGACCUUCAAGCGAUGCAAGAGCAAGAAAUCGGGCGGUGCAAUUUUUGCCGUGUAUUUGUCGCAACAGGGCCACAUGCAGUUCUUGAGCUGCAAAGCCCGGCGCUCUGGUGGGGCUGCCUCGAUCAACGAUGCCGUCAACAUGGAAAACAUAGGAGGUGCAAAGUCCAAAGCCAGUGACAGUGAUGAGGACAGCCCCUCAGCGUCAACGUCCACCAGGCGCGCCUUGCUGAGGUAUGCGCCGAAGUUGAAAGGCGUCAAGGGGAUGGUGCUGUUAAACGGCAGUUCAGAGUUCCGCGGGUGCAAGGCUGGCGCCGGCGGCGCGCUCUUCGCGCGCAACGAUGUGCUGCUCACGCGCAAGCUGGGGCACGCCUCGUUCCUGAACUGCAUCGCUGACGCCUUCGGGGGGGCGCUGCAUGGCCGUGAUAUCCAGCUGCUGGGAGACGUGCUCUUUCGCAAUGUCUCGGGCCUGGCGGGCGGUGUCAUCCAAUCCGUGGGCUCGGUGGAGGUGCCGGGCGUGGUGAUGCAACAGACCUCCGCGCCGCAGAUCUCCGCGUUGAAGUUGAUCCAGAUGUCCAACGUGUCUGUGGAAAAUACUUCGCACGUUUGGUUUGUGGCGCCAGAAAUUCAUCUGAAAGACGUGCGUUGCGACAAUGGCUUGGCCUCCUUCAAGGAGCCGCAUCAUGUGGGCUGCCGCAGCUGUGAGGAGAACAAGUUGCAGGUGAGUGGUGGACCCGUCCUUGACGAUGAGCUGCCGACGAAGCAGUGUUGGCCGGCUCCCCGGGGCACAGCAGAGAUUGAUACCUAUCACUUGAAGUUGAAGAAGGGUUUCAUGACUCAGAAGGCCAACAUCACGCGAAGCUUUCGCUGCCCGAACCGCAUGGCUUGUGUCGGUGGGAGCGUGUCUACCGAUGGCUGGGGUGCGAUGUGUGCGGAUGGAUACGAAGGGCAGGGCUGCACCAAAUGCGCCACCAACUUUGGGCCGGCUGACAACACGGUCUUUGUGUGUGUGCGGUGCCCGUCCCAGAGCUGGCAGCAGAAUUUUCAGAUGUCGCGCUUCGUCCUGCAGGACCUGCUACUGUUUGGUCUGUCGGUGAUGGGCGUCUCUUCCAGCACUCGGAAGGUGGAUAGCAAGAUCUUAACGAACCACUUCAUGUCCUUCGUGGCAGCUGCGGGUCCUGUGCUUCAAGCAGUACAAGAGACACCCACCUUUUCACACAUCAUGCAAUCUUUGGAGUACCUCGAGGGUGUCUCUUCGGCGGUGGACGAAGACUCAGGUUCCACGGGGAUCUCUGCGCGUUGCAUUUUGAACUAUCUGAGCCUCCCAACGCAUUGGUGGGCACGUAUCAUGCUGAAUCUGCUGACGCCCUUCCUUUCAGUGCUGGCUUUGACCCUGCUGCGCGGCUGGCGCAUCGCCGUGGUGGUAGGAGUGAAUUGCUUUCUACCGAAGGUUUGCCUUUGCUUCGCCAGAUACUUGGUCUGCUACCGUAUGGAACCCGAACAUGAGGGUGGACAGCUCUUCUGCGAAUGGGCGCUCUACACCAACUUUUCCCUGCUUUCUCUGCUGCUGGUGGUGGCUUCCAUAGCCCUGGCAGGGCCAGCCUUGUGGUGGAUGCUGCUAGGAGAUGAGGAGCACAAGGACGAACCCUUCUACCUGUACUUGACAGCCUCGUAUAAAGAGGAAUGGAAGAGUUGGGAGGCGACGCGACUGAUUCGCAAGGUGUUUUUGGCCAUCAUUUGCGCUGCACUGCCAAUCAGUCUCCAUCCCGCCAUGCAGAUCAUGUGCAUCAGCUUGGUCUUGCUGACGGCUCUGGUGCUGGAAAUGCAGUUCCACCCCUACAAGGACAAUCGUUGGAACUUGGAAGAGAAGAUUCUUCUCACCGUGUCCUUAGCGAUGGUCAGUGUCACUUCUUGCUUCCUGGCCAACGAGUACCACUGGUCCUCGACGCACCGAAAUCAGUGCUUCCUGCUGACGUUGAUCUUGCUGCUGUGCAUUGUGCCCUCCACUAUCCUCAUUGUCCUCAUCCUACACCAACUGCUGCGGGAGAAGGGUAUCCUAAAGGGCACCCCGACCGAAAAGGUCGAGGAAACGCAGGAGCCGCGGAGCCACAGCUCGAGUGAUUGAGAAAUGAC